AUGAUCAAGAAGUCGCCCCCAAGUCUCCAAAAACCUGCUCCGGAGGUAGACCUUGAUGAUUCUCUUGUGCAGCCUGACGCAGUGGAAGAACUAGCCAUAUCCUUACAUGCAUUGACGGGUUCUAAAACCUUUCAAAUGCUCCAGAUUCUUGGUAAGCUUUAUCAAGCAAAUAUGAAGGUAUUGACAAUGACAGGGUAUGAUAUUGUGCUGGGAAUCGAAUGUUUAUCGAUCAUAAUAUCUGAUUCAAGUACUCUACAACACACAGCAGCAAACAAUGUGAAUCCCAUUCAUGAAUGGUGGGAAAGGGGGAAGCUUUUGGGUUCCGGCGGUUUUGGGAUGGUGAGCGAGGCCCGUCCUCUCCCUGGCACCCCUCUCUUCGAUCACCUUCCCCAAUUGAUGGCAGUCAAAUCAUCUCUGACGGCGAAUCUCUCCGCAUUGAGAAACAAAUGCUGUCCAAAUUCAAAGAUUCAUAAAUCGGGUGUUAUUCAUUGCGAUAUAAAACCAGAAAACAUCUUGAUCGCUGAUGACAGAGUUCCAAAGAUUGCGGAUUUCGGGUUGGCGAUGAAAGGGCGGGAGUGA